AUGGUUGUGUCGUGCGGUGGAAGCCAGUUCCAACCAAGAGAAGUCGAGGGGAGAAGUCGCGCUGCUGCUAUUUUUGGUUGCGCGAGUUUGGUCGUAGAUAUCUUCCCUCAGGCUGUCGACCAGUCCCCAGAUCUCCCGGGUCGUGACGUGUCCGUUGCUCUCCUCGGGGCUUUAUCGAGCUCCGAUAGUGUGGCCAUCGCUAAGGCGAGUCUGCCUUCUGGUUCGAGGCGCAGUUGUCAAAUCAACGUUUUUCAGCGCAUGGUCCGUUGCCGUUCCUUGCUUGGUUCCUGCUCGGCACACAAUCACAACGAUUUUUCCCACCAUCGACGUUCCAUCGCUUGA